AAUUAAUUCGUGUAUUUUUUAUAUAUUUAGAAAUGUAUUAUGGUAAUUUAAAUAAUUGUAAAAUAAAUGGUUCUAUUUUCUAUAUUAUAAAUGAAAUGUUUAUGCUUUAAUUUUUUAAUCUUAUCAAUUUUGCCCAGAUAAUCCAUUAAAAAUCACAAGUUUUCACUAUUCCCCCUUAUUUUAUAGUAUGAUAUCAUUUAUUAAAUUUUGUGCCUCUUAAUGGAUAAACAUGAGUCUUUUGAUGACUUCUGUAACAGAUCAUUCGAGAUUCUCUCUGAUUCGGUUAAGACCAGAAUAUCAUCAAAGAAAUCGCAAACUUCUCAAAUAUCAUCCGAAAUAACCAAAUUAGAGGAUUUUAUUAAUAAAAACUUUAGCAAUGUUAAAAUAAACAAACAGAAGUUAAAAACCGAGUCAGAUGUGUUUUAUGAACAGUACAAUGAAGUAAUUAAUGUCGAAUUUAGCUAUUAUAGCUCAGAAGAUAUGAGUAGUUGCUCAGACUCGUAUCAAGAAUCUAAAAGUAUCGGACCUGACUUAUCACAAAAUAAGGGUAGCGCUCACUCUACAUUUAUAAGAGCAUUAGAGAAUUUGGUCAAUUUAUAUGAAAUUUUGGAUAAAACUGGAGAAAUUUCAGAUUUUACAAGGGCUCCUCCCGUCCCUGUUACAGUAUUAUUUAGAAAACAUAACCCAGAAGCCUCUAAUAUCUUUGACUUUCACAAUAUUGAAGAUGAAUUGGAUGAAAACUCUUCAGGUGUAAUUUUUAAUUUCAAUGUUAUGAGUAAAAUAAUGAGUGAUUCCAUUCGCACAUGUCUCGUCAGUCCCCUCGAGUUUGAUAAAGCAUCAAAAUCACUCAAUUCACCCAAUGAAACUCUUUUCAACUCUUUAAAUUAUUCGGAUUCGGACCCGAAUCAAUGUUACAAAAUAUUGAAGGUUUUAUUUAGUUGGUAUUUCUCAGGCUACUACACUGGGCGCAUGGAAGUUUUAACCCAAUCCAAUGAUAAAUAAAAUAAUCUGUAAAAUAAAUAAUGUAUUAUUUUUCAAAA